UCAGCAUCGUUGUCAGUCGUCAAAACAACAAAAAUGGCGCAGAUUCCUUUAGGAGUCAAAACUCAUGCUCAAAAAGUCUGUAGCCUUUACAAAAGAGCUUUACGUAAUUUAGAAGCGUACUACGACCGCCGACAUGUGUACCGAUACCAAGCUGUAUUGUUACGUGAGAGGUUUGACAAGCAUGCCAAGGAGACCAAUAUGAUUAAAGCAAAUGAGUUACUGAAAGAGGGUGAAGAGGAAUUGUUUCUGAAGCAACAUCCCAUACCUAAAUAUUUUGCCACAAGUCCUGGAGGUGUAGCUCAUGAGCGUGUAGUCACUCCCCCUGAUUGGGUCUUGGACUAUUGGCAUCCUCUUGAGAAAGCCCAAUAUCCUGAAUAUUUCAAGAAACGCGAGCAAAGAAAGAAAGAGUUCGUUGCUAUGUGGGAGAAGGAGUAUGGCAAGCCAGAUGAGAAAGAUAAGCAUCAUUAGACAAAUUGUAUUAACUCUGUAAUAUAGUAUCAUAUUAAAACCUUGUUUUAUUAAAUCUUA